AUGGACCUCCCUACACCCAGGGAACUAGACCUUGAGACAGAACUCAGAAAACGGGAUGCCCAGGUCGCUGAACUAACGGAUGAAGUGAUACGUCUUCGUCAGCACCUUGCUGCCCAGAGUGGCCCAUCGACCACGGAUUCGGUUACGUUGCCCCCCGCGCUAGUCUCUGUGUUGUUACCACAUAUCAACAAGGCAGCUUCUAGUGAAGGAACGGGAGUGGCUUCUUCUUCGAGUACGGUUAACACCGCACUGACGCAGAGGGUACGCAUACUGCAAGAAGAGAAUGAUGAGCUGUAUGAGAUGCUCAAAUCCGGGGAGACUGGGAAGCUUAAGGAGGAAGUUCGCGGACUCCGACGAGUCGUGGAGAGAUUAGAAGGAGCUUUGCGAGAAUCUCAUCAAGUAAUCGCUUCGUUGUCGUCGGAACUAGACAAGUCCUAUGAAAGCUUCCAAACUUCUCUGCGUCAAAUGAACGCUAACCACCACUCAUAUGCGCCAACCCCUCGUGACUUAUAUCACCCCGCAUCCACGAGUAAUGGGGUAGUCAAGCUACCCCCAACCGGACCCAGAGCUCACAAGAAGCCGCGUCUCUCGGAGCCCAAAGUGUCACCCGCACGUUCCAAUAUCUCUCUUCCGCCAACAAAACCCCACAUUGUCAACGCGCGCCAGAGUAUUCCCAGAGACCAUGAACCUCCUCGCUCGCCUCGCCUCUCCCCCACAGAGCCCCGUACAAAACCAAGCAAUGUGAAGAUGGAGGUUGAUGAAGAUUCGCGGACACGUCCACGCUCUCCAAAUGAUAAUAGGGAACGGGAGUCCCACCGUCGGGACAAAGACCGCGCACGCGAACACGACGGAGAGCGCGACAGAGACCGAGAUCGGGACCGUUUCUCUCGGCGCAAUGGUGGUGGCGGUGGCGGCGGCGGAGGUGGACGGAGGGCUCGAGGGUUUGCAGGUCACGCAUAUGCAUUUGGAGAUCGGACGUUGGCGGAAAGAAUGGGACUUUAA